CUGAGGAAGAUCCAGGAAUUGUUCUCUGCUUCUCUGCAGACCUCGGCGAAGGCUGAAGGGGGAACAUCAUGGGGCUCCUGUGGAUGGUGGGACUCUGGACCGUUCUCCAUUGUGGAUACACUGCCGGUAUUCCCAAGGAGCCCCGAGACAUAACCAUGAGGGACUGCUCUGCAAAUCCUCCGUAUAUUCCACCCACUGCAAAGAUUUCUACAGAAGACCUGAACAAACUCCGCCAGGAAAUGAGAAACCACAACAUCAGCGCUUACAUCAUCCCUCCGACUGACCCCCACCUGGUGAGAAGAAUAAUGUCCUUCUUCCUAAUAACCUGA